AUGUACAACGCCUUUAUGGAUUGGCGAAAAGAGAUGGAGAAAGUGGAACGUUUUCGGUGCCCACGUCACUACUUUGGAUCCGGGCUGGUGAAGACUGUCGAGAUGCACGUAUUUGUGGAUGCGAGUCAGUCGGCAUUGCAAGUGAGGUUCGUGUGCGCAAAGACGAAGUGUGCACCGAUGCGAACGAUGACGAUUCCACGGUUGGAGCUGCAGGCAGCAGUGCUAGGAACGAGGUUGAUGGACACAAUCAGACAGGACCAUAGUGUGGCCAUUGCAGAGACUGUGCUAUGGACGGAUUCGAAGACAGUGCUGCGUUGGAUUGUCAGCACACACUGGCGCUACAAGCAGUUCAUAGGGAACAGAGUAGACGAGAUUCUGGAGUCGACGAAGGUGGCCCAAUGGAGAUGGCUACCAUCCGCCGACAACGUGGCAGAUGAUGCAACUCGAGCGCAACGCAGCGUGGACCUAAGCGAGGAGUCACGCUGGUUAAGAGGACCGGCAUUCCUGAGGAGACCAGCGGGCAGCUGGCCAGGAACUGCACCCACCGACGAAGCGGAUGCAGAAGACGAAGAGGAGAUGCCGGAUGAGCUGGAGAACUACGGCCUCAAUGUAGCUGAGUGUGAAGCAGCUGAGGACUUGUUAUUCCGUAGAGCACAACGUGAGGCGUUCCCCGAUGAGGUGCAGGCCGCAGAGAAGGACUUGGACGUCGCUAAAGGAAGCGACAUAUGUGGACUGGCGCCAUACCUAGAUGGCAAUGGAAUCCUGCGAGCGUAUGGCAAGAUCGAUGCGGCGCUAUGUAUACCUUACAGCGCCAGGAGGCCACUGAUCCUCUCCCACCGGCAUGGUCUCACGGAGAUGAUUGUGCGCGACGCCCAUGUGAGGAUGAAGCAUCAAAACGUGGAUGCUACGAUGGCGGAGAUCCGGACCAGGUUCUGGAUUACGAGACUGCGGAGAGUGCUUCGUAAUGUGAUCUCGGGAUGCAGCGAGUGUAAGCUGCACAGAGCACGGCCGAUGCCGCCAAUUAUGGGACCCCUGCCAGAUGAUCGUUUGGAUGCCUAUGGCUGGCCGUUUAAGAGCACAGGCCUCGACUACUUUGGGCCGCUGCUAGUGACCGUUGCUCGGCACCAGGAGAAACGAUGGGUGGCCUUGUUUACGUGCCUGACGACCAGGGCGAUUCAUCUGGAACUGGCACAUGACCUGUCGACUGAUUCCUGCAUACUUGCAAUCAGGAAUUUCAUCUGCCGUCGAGGGCCUGUACAUAGACUGCGCAGCGACAAUGGCAGGAACUUCGUUGGAGCAGACAGAGAGGCCAAGAGAUUUGCGGAGAUCUUCGAACCCGAGAGGAUCCAGUCGGAGCUGUCAAGCAAAGGAAUUGAAUGUAUCUUAAACUGCCCAGCGAACCCGUCAGAGGGUGGAGUCUGGGAGCGAAUGGUGCAGUGCGUGAAGAGGGUGCUACGCCACACAGUGAAGGAAGUGGCGCCGAAGGAGCACGUCCUGGAGAGUUUCCUGAUAGAGGCGGAGAAUGUCGUUAACUCUCGUCCACUCACCCAUUUGCCAGUGAGUGCGGACCAGGAAGCCCCUCUCACGCCCAACGAUCUCCUCAAGGGAGCAGCUUGCCCACCGGAUACCCCCGGCCUGGAUGGAGGCCUCGUCAAGGAAGGAGCUACGCGGAAGCAGUGGCGCGUGGCAAGGAUGUUGAGAGACCGAUUCUGGAGGAGGUGGGUCUUGGAGUACCUACCCACGCUGACACGGAGAGAUGCCGCAGAGAGAAGCCGAUUCAACGAGGAGACAUUGUCUUCGUUUGCGAUCCAGCCAUUCCGCGUCAAGACUGGCGGAAAGGCGUCGUGGAGGAGACCUUUGCUGGAACGGAUGGUGAGGUCAGACGAGCCCGCGUUAGGAUCAUGGAUGGAGAUCGGACCCGCUGGAUAA